UGAUUUUAGUCAUCAUUGCUCAUUCGCUGUUUAUCUAUGACGUUACCUAAAUGACCCAAUUCCCGCAAAUAUGCAAACAAAUGAAAAUAAUCUCAUUUUUGCUGUAUAUUUUGCAUUCGGAAGUAUAGAGCGCAGGUCUGCUCAAGUGCGAUUUUAACAUAUGUUUUUCUUCAGAUAGUUAUACACAUUAUACUAAAAAAUGGUACUUGAGCAAGCCUGCGCUCGAUGUUUCGUAGUCGAAAAACCAUCGGAAAACACCCAUAUUUUGUCACAAAUCAUCAAUUUAUCAAAAUAAUGCAAUCUUCAUGACGUCAUUUCUACAUUAUGACGUCACUGUGGUGAUAACCUUUUACACAUUUAUUUCCAACAUGAUUUAAACUAUCUUUCACCUUAUUUUAAAAGCUCUUUCUUAAACUUUGAUUUUGGGGGCAAAAAAUGCAUAAAACCGCACUUAGUCCUUAGAAUUUACACUACCUGAGGAUGCUUCCACACAAGUUUCAGCUUUCCUGGUCUUAUGGUUCAUGAGAAGAAGAUUUUUAAAGAUUUACUCUGUAUAUUCCUAUGUAAAACUUCGACCCCCCAUUGUGGCCCCACCCUACCCUCGGGGGUCAUGAUUUUUACAAAUUAGAAUUUACACUACCUGAGGAUGCUUCCACACAAGUUUCAGCUUUCCUGGUCUUAUGGUUCAUGAGAAGAAGAUUUUCAAAGAUUUACUCUGUAUAUUCCUAUGUAAAACUUCGACCCCCCAUUGUGGCCCCACCCUACCCCCGGGGGUCAUGAUUUUCACAAAUUAGAAUCUACACUACCAGAUGAUGCUUCCACACAAGUUUCAGCUUUCCUGGUCUUAUGGUUCAUGAGAAGAAGAUUUUUGAAAAUUUCUCGAAAAUUUUCAUAAAUUCCUAAUUAUCUCCCUUUGCAAAAGGGCGUGAUCCUUAAUUUUCACAAAUUUAAAUCCCCUUAGGCUAAGGAUGCUUUGUGCCAAGUUUGGUUGAAAUUGGCCCAGUGGUUCUUGAGAAGAUGUUGAAAAUGUGAAAAGUUUACAGACAGACGGACAGACGGACGGACGGACAGACAGACAGACAGACGGACGACAGACAAAAUGUGAUCAGAAUAGCUCACUUGAGCUUUCAGCUCGGUGAGCUAAAAACUCAGCAUCCAAUGUUUUUUAUGAAUUUCACACAUCAAGUUAGUUUGCUUAUUCAAUACCUGCUACAUCUGAAAUCAUUUUAACAGACCUUAUUCUACAAAAAAAGAUAGUUGAUAAAAAAAUAUGAGUGGAAAUCGUAAGGUAUCAAAAUAUUGUUCUUUAAAUAUAAUACACUGGAAUAGCAAAAAAUUUAUUUGAUGUGCAUUGUGAACUCUACAUACAUAAAAAACACAACUUAAUCUUUCAUAUAAUUGCCUCUACGCAUAUAUUUAAAAAAUUCCAUUUCUCAAUAAUACAGCAAAAUACCCUCCAUUUUCUCUUUAUCUUAUCUCUGUUUCUAAGUUUCCCAUAAAGGGUACACCAGGUUAAGCCUGACAAUUUCAGAGUAUCAACUAAAUUAAGACCCACUAUUAUCAGAUCAUCAGCUAUAGCCUCACUCUCCGAGAGCACUUUCUAAUUCUGACGCAAUAUUUUCUGCGACUGUUUGAAGUGGUCCAAUCACAAUCCAGGACAACUAACAAGUGCAGUGCAAAUUUCAUGAUGGAGUUGUAAAAGAAUCCUUAAUCCUCAAGUCACUACCUCCCCAUCACACACAAUUUAUCUCUAGCUUUUUUAAAAGCUAAUCAGCAAAAAUCCUCUCAUUAAUUCAACACCAACAGAUGGUUUUGAAUGACAUUUUUGAAAACACCGGUAGUUAAAGAAAUUGAUAUGGGAAAGUCACGAACCCCAUAAUAUAUUACAUUUGCCAUUAUUGCACUUUGGAUGAAUGGCAGAUUUACUAUCAGUGACUUUCACCACGAGUGACUUAAAUGGUGUCCAGUGUUUGUCAACAUCUUCAGAACUGAGAUAUGGUUUAACUGAGUACCAGCUGACCAUGAAAUGGGCUGUUAUCUGUAGCUACUAGCCUCUUGACAAUAUGAUGAGUGUAGUCUGGACAAUGACUGAGUUUCAUACAUAGCAAGAUCAACAGUAAGUACUGGUAAAUACUGUGAUAACCACAGAGAAAAUGACAUAUAACUUUACUUUCAGCUUGUAUUAAUUCACUUAUACUUAAAAUCAAAAUUGCAGCAAAUAUCUCCAUACACUGAAAUGUUUAUCAUUUAAGUCAAAGUCAUAACUAAUUUGAUCAACUCAACUUUGUAAUUUAGUGCUCAAGGCCAAUAAGAUUUUAACAAGUUUAGGGAAAUCCAAAUGAAUUCCACACCAAUUGUAACAAAAGUACCAGUAUAUGUACUUGUAAUGAAAAUGGUAACCCGUCAAGUACAAACAUGUACCAUCUGUAACGCUUAGACUAUUUAUUUUUAUGCUAAGAGCUUUAAUUUUGGGGUUAAUUAUUUCCUCAUUGCUUACUCAAAGGGAUGUGCCGGAGUUAUAGAUGCUAAUUGCUGUUCAAACAACUUUCAUUCAUUCUUUAUUUGCGCAAGACAUACAUCUUAUGGCAUACGUUGUUACAUAUAAUUAAUAGCAAUAUUGAAAUAAUGGUAUGGUACAUGUACAUGAACAUGUAGAGUACAUUGACAAUGUAUAUAUAAUAAAAUUUUACUAACACGCGAAAAAAAACCAGAGAAUUUUUCUUAAUUAUCAUGAAUAUUAAAAGCUAGAUGGAGAUACUUCCCCAAAUUACACAGUUCUUUAAAAUUUUGAACACUUAAUAAUAUGUAUAAAUUUGUAUACAGAAGGUUUCUUCCAAUAAUAUUUCUUAAUAUAUUUUACUCGGAUUUCUCUAUACUGUCAACAUUUCAAAACAAAAUGGAAUUCAUCUUCAAUAAGACUUGACACUGCCCUAACUGUCCUAAUUGUCCACCAUUUCUUUAACUAUAAAAAAAUUCAUAUGAUCAUAUUAAAAAUUGAGAAAUAAGUGAGCUAAGCCCAUCCCACCCUGCUUUCAUCACAGAGAAGGGACAGCCCCUGUACUACUGUUGCUCAGCAAUCUUUCUCAGUCAAUAUCUGUCCCUUUAUUUUCAUAUUUUGUGCCUUUAAAGUCAAUCAGACACACUGACAGCAACUUUUCCAAAAAGGAAAGACGUUUAGAGAUCUAAUUUUUUAAGUUGGAGCUUCUAAUAUAUAUUCAGGUAUGCAAAUUAUGAUUAUGAUUCAAUAUUCUCUAAUAUUCCUCUAAGACAGAUAGUUUUCACCAAGGUAUGCAAAUAUUAUCUAUGAUUUAAUUUUUUUUCAUUUUUCUCUACGACAGAGAACAGGGUAAAGGGUAUUUUUUGGCCUUAAGAUAUUUUCACUCAAUCCUACGAAUCUGAGAUUGUCCCCAUUUUUAUUUUUGCCUGACAAUGUUGUGUUUAAAGAAAAAUUAAAAUUUAAUCUACCUAUUUUUACUGAGGUGAAAGAGUACCAAUUAAGGAAAAAAAAUGAGGGUGGGGAUUUCUCUGAAUCUAGUACAUGUACAAUAGCAUAUUAUAAUUAAGUUAUAUAAAGAGUUUCCGCUGGGUUUUUUUUAUAAAGAAACUGUCUUCAAAUUAAUAAAAUAACAGAUCAAAAUAAAAUGUCUCUAAAAAAAACAAAUGCUAAUUUUAGGUCAUCCAGCAAAAUCCGAGAAUGACUACCGAGAUGACAAAUACCAGUACCUCAUCGUUUAUACUGAAUCUAACACAGAUGACAACGGAAGCCAAUACUGACAACAACCACACAUUACCAGGAUCACAUCUUCCUUUUGACAUCAAAUACGACCCAACCCCCUGUUAUUCCAUAUACUGCAUCUUUGAACUCCGCUACAGACAGGACAACUACACUAUUCUUAUGUGCAUAGCCAUUAUGCUUGGAAUUCUGGGAACAGUGGGCUUUGUGGGUAAUAGCCUAGUGCUGACAGUACUGCUGAGGGCAAAGAUGAAGCAGACGUCGGUUUACUUCAUGGUGAUGCUGUCAAUCCUUGAUCUGAUGGCCUGUGUAGUGGUGAUUCCUGGAAUCGUGAUCACAGAAUGGCACUUUCCUUUCCCCAGUGACUUUUUAUGCAAGUUUUGGGAGGCGAUCCGCUACUUCACGAUCCCAACAUCAGCCAUGGUCCUCGUCGCCAUAGCCUUUGAUAGGUGUAUAGUCAUCUGCUUUGCUCCCAGAAGAAUGUCCAAGAAUGUAACUUUCAUGAUCAUUUCCUCGAUUUUGUUAAUUGGAAUUUGUCUUGGAGUUCUCCCAGCUCUAGUGAUGGGUGUUUAUUCAAGUAAUGGAAUCUACUUUGGGUACUGCAUUCCAAACUACCAGUACAUUUCCUUAGAGUCCCUCAACAAGUACUGGUUAGGAAUAACUUCCAUCUUCAUACUAAUGAUAAUCACCAUCAUCAUUUUCUAUUCUUCCAUCUUCUUCACUGUGUUGCUUCAGAACAGAAAGUGGAGUAAAAUUCGUUCCCAGGGAUUGCAAACCUCUGCUAACAAUGCUAACAAGCCAUCCACAAGUAAGGAUAAACAGACUGACAAUAGCAAAGAACUUCGCAGACGUUCCUCUACUAAUGAUGUCAUGUUUGCAACCAGAGCUAGUGAAAAACUGUUGAAAGUGCCACAAAACAGCAGGAUACACCCAGAAACAACUAUAGACUAUGAUACUGUGCAUAGAGUACACAUAGAUUGUCCCAUGGAAAGUGCUCUAGAGACUGAGAUAGAGGAUAUAGAAGAAACCCCUGUGACAAGUGCAAACAUAAACAGUUCCAAACGAAAUGGUUCCCUGACAAAUGAGAAGUUACCUAAGAAACAAACUGUGAAAAUAUCUCCAAUCAACAUUACAGAUAUCAAGAAGGAAACUGAAACAAGUUCGAAGAAUAAAUGUACAACCAAACCGAACAACAAGACACUGUCACCUACUAACACCCGGUCUCAUUUGAUAAAGACAUCCAGGAAAACCCACAUCAAGACCACCCAGGUUCUCUUCACUGUGACCAUGGUGUACAUUGUCUCCUUUCUGCCAACAUUUCUUAUCGCUAAUGACCUUCUUCCAGAGUUUAAGGGUCGGAAGGUUAUCUAUUUGAUGUACUUUUUGAACAAUACAGCCAAUCCUCUGAUAUAUUCCUUUAUGAACCCAAUGUUUCGUAAACAAGUUUGGAAGUUUCUUCAGUGUAAAUCACGAUGAAAAGAUGCAGAUGUUGUGUACAACUCAUGAGAUGAUUUUGAAAAGAUCUGAAUAAAAUUUCAAGAAUU